AUGGCAAACGCACCCCAAGUUACUCACGAGGACGACAUUGGUUCUUAUACUGCACCAGUCCCAAAGAAUGUCCAGAAGGAUGAAGAAACUGCAGCAUAUGUUGGUCAAUCGGCGGUACCUAUUGACGAGAAGACAAACAAGGAGCUCUUCUGGACUAUCAAUCGAAGAAUCCUGGCGUGCAUCGUUGGCACCUACUUCUGUCAAUCCCUUGACAAAGGUACUCUUGGUUUCGCAUCCAUCAUGGGAAUUCGCACAGAUGCACAUCUCGUUGGACAGCAAUUCAGCUGGCUAGGAACGAUCCUCUACAUGGGAGUACUCGUUGGUGAAUAUCCUACCAACUUGCUCCUUCAAAAGCUUCCCGUGGCCAAAUAUCUUGCUACGAAUGUGUUUCUUUGGGGAAUUGUGAUCGCGUGUUCCGCAGCUGCAAAGGAUUUUAAGGCUAUGAUGGUCGUUCGAUUCUUGCUCGGUCUAUUCGAAUCUUGUGUUCAGCCAGCGUUCAUCAUAAUGACAACGAUGUGGUACACCAAAAGCGAACAGACUGUUUUGACUUCUCUUUGGUAUUGUAUGGUCGGAGUCCAACUCAUGGUCGGUGGUAUCAUUGCAUGGGGAGCAAGCCACUUUGUUGGACACGCCAUUUACUCCUGGCAACUUCUUUUCUUGGCCUUGGGCUUAUUGACCUGUGUCUGGGGCCUGUUCAUCGGAUGGUGGCUCCCCGAUUCCCCCAUGAGCGCAAAGUGCUUUACCGAAGACCAGAAGCGGCUCAUGGUUGAGAGAGUCCGAAGCAACGAGACAGGAAUUCAAAACAAGACUUACAAAGUCCAUCAAACGUUUGAAGCAAUCAAGGAUCCCGUGAUUUGGUGCUAUGUUAUGCUUCAGAUCACGUCGACUCUUGUCAUCGGAGGAUUAGGCGUGUUUUCAAACAUAAUCAUCUCAAGCUUUGGGUUCACUGUACUUCAAACUCAGUUGUUAAACAUUGCCCAGGGUGCUGUCACCAUCAUGGUCAUGGUAGGGGGUGCCACAUUGGCCCAAACAACAGGACAAACUCUUUUGGUUAUGCAUGUAUGGACAAUUCCCCCUAUCAUUGGAACAGCAAUUAUCUAUAGCAUUCCACCAUCUCCUAGCACUCGCAUCGGUCUUCUCAUUGCGUUUUAUUGCACCCAAUUUUUCCUGGCAGAAGGCAAUCUGGUUUUCUCCCUUAUAUCGCGCAACGUCGCUGGACAAACGAAGAAGUCCACCACCCUCGCCAUCACUUUUGUUGCUUGGGCAGCUGGAAAUAUGACCGCACCACAAAUUUUCCAAGCGGGUGAUGCACCUCGCUACAAGAAAGGGUUCACAGCACACUUCUGUCUUUACGUCCUGUUCAAUAUCUUCGCUGCUGUGUUACGGGUACUCUUGACCCGAAGGAACAAAGAAAAGCGUCAGGCGGCUGCCAAUGCGUUGGCUAUCGAAGCUACAGAACAGGUAGAUGAGAAGAUCAGUCACCCCCAUGCUUUUGAGGAUUUGACGGAUAAGGAGAAUCCGGAUUUCAGCAAACCCAAAAUGGCAAAGGCUCAUUUCAUUCGCGAACUCAUUCCAGCCCAUGGGCUUUGUAUGCUCUCCUUGGCACAUCUUUCACUUCCCUUUUCUACUGCGCUUAUUCUACCAUCCGUCUGUGGUUACGCUGGUCGAAUGCUUUAA